CAAGAGGCUUUCCUUUCUCUGGCUGCCCCAUUCUCUCAAAAACAGCAGAACAAGUGGUAGGAUCAUACUAGAGUGCAGACGGGAUGUGGAGGCUGCCAGAGAUGGGGAGAGAAUAAAGAACCAAGCAAGCAGUUGCGCUCUAGCUCCAGCAGAGGAUGGGAGCAGAGAAUCAUUAUAAUCUUUAAAAAGAACGAGGAGUACUUGUGGCACCUUAGAGACUAACACAUUUAUUUAUAAUCUUUAUAAAUCCUAAAAGGAUUGUUUGAACCAUUUCUUCCAAAGAAAUAUGAGAAGCAGCUGAAACGGACAAAAGAUCAUUGAAAGGAAGGAAAUGCAACAUGAGAGGUAAAGCUAAUGAAGGUUAAUUGAAGAACUUUUCUGGGAACUGUGACGAAUCACGAGCCCAGUGCAUUAUUUCCCUUAAACAAUAGCUACAGAUUCCUGUCAAAGGCUUCGGGGCAGACUUCAGAUAGGCACACUCUGAGUCAGUGAAUUCAGCUGUCAGGAAUGGAGGUGCUACGCCGUUCCUCGGUCUUUGCUGCGGAGGUGAUGGAGAUUUUUGAUCGGUCUCCCACCGACAAGGAGCUGGUGUCCCAGGCUAAGGUGCUCUGCAGAGACUACAUACAUUCCCGGCUGCUUCGGGCUGGCAUUGGCUGGAGCAAACCAGAGCACAGUGCACCCAUGCCUGGCGGCAGACUGGCUGAGGUGUCCAGCGUGCUUCUGCGACUAGGGGACGAGCUAGAAUACAUCCGACCAAAUAUUUACCGGAAUAUCGCCCGGCAGCUGAACAUCUCACUGCACUCCGAGACCGUGGUAACUGAUGCCUUCUUGGCAGUAGCGGCCCAGAUCUUCACGGCAGGCAUAACAUGGGGCAAGGUCGUGUCUCUCUAUGCUGUGGCUGCUGGACUGGCUGUGGACUGCGUCAGACAGGCCCAGCCAGCAAUGGUGCAUGCCAUUGUGGACUGCCUGGGAGAGUUUGUCCGCAAGACCUUGGUGACGUGGCUGAAGAGGAGAGGAGGCUGGGCAGACAUCACAAAAUGUGUGGUGAAUACUGAUCCCAGCCUUCGCUCCCAUUGGCUCGUGGCUGCCAUUUGUAGCUUUGGUCACUUCCUGAAGGCCAUCUUCUUUGUGCUGUUACCAGAGAGAUGAUUCCAGUCACCAAAUGCGGCCCCAAGCCCCAACUCCUCCCCCACCCAGAAGCAACAGUAACCAUAGACCUGUUUGAUGCUGAAGAGGAGGAAGAGAAGAGAGGCUGGGACCAACAGACACAUUUCUCUCCUCUCCCUUCAGCAGGGAGCAGCUACCCAACUGUAAACAUCCUUUCCUCUAUGACAAGAGGCUUCUCUCACACUCAGAGUAAUCCUUUGCAGCCCUUGUUCUCCUUGGUGACUUCUACAUGGCCAUGUCAAAGCCCAUCCCAGGGCAGACUGAUGGGCUAAGCUCUUACUUGUGCGUGGUGUGGAUAUUCAUACAUGUAUUUAUUUUCUGGUCAUGUCACACACUUGCACUUCUGUAUCAGGGAAACUGGGGGGACAUGGAGAUUGCAUCAGAGGAAAAAAAUGUGUCCCUCACUUGAAAGAUGGAUUGUCCCUUUAAUUCCCAUAGUCCUCUUUGUUAGGCUCUUCUCAGUAUAUCAGUGGCUAACGCAGUCUUCACCUCUGUACCAAGUCUGACCAUUGUGCCCUUGUGCAUGGUACAUUGUGGUUGUGGGGAUACCUUUGUAGGCUGUGAAGUGGUGAAUUAUUGACUGAGCUGCCCUCUUCAGCUGAUGCCCCUGCUAAAGUAAUUUACAAACAGUUGUGACUUUGGGAGUGUAAGGGCUACCAGAACAACUCAAUCUGGGGGAUACAGCAUGCUUUAACUGACCAACUUGCUGUAUUGUAACAAAGAAUUGCAAAGGGGACAGUAGGGGUAGAGACUGUUUAGAAAUCAGUCAGUGUGAUUUACACAGCUGAACAAAAUGAAGGGUGCAAAGCAUCACUUCUCACAUGACAGCUUUGUUUGAUCAUUAUAAUGAGGAUGAUUUUUUUCUCUAGAAGGAGAUUCAGAUGGAGCCAAAGAACAACAGCAUAUAAGUACAAUAUGGGGUGGGGGGAAUGUGGAGAGAAGUCAUUUGAGCAGCAUGUUGUGAAUCGGAAAGACUGUAUCAAGAGUGACAAAUGUUUCUCCUUUAGCAAAUUAUAAAGUCUGACUUGCAAUUUUAUCUUGUGAUUGACAAUAAAAAUAGAUGGAGUUUGGCUUCUGUGAA